GUAUUGGAAAUUUGACUGAAGGCUUCAUAUCAUGCACUGGAGAAGACUGAAGCUGGCCUGAGGUUGCCAAGGAUCCCUGCUCUGCUCUGAGGUUCCUGGGCUGUCCCUGCCCCUGGAGCUGAAGAUGAGGUUGCUAUGGGAGCUGCUGGUGCUGCACUCGGUCAUGCUGUGCCUGGCAGAUGACAACACCCUGCACGGGCCAGUGUUCCUCCAGGAGCCCGACAGCCUCAUCUUCCCCUUGGACUCGGAGGAGAAGAAAGUGAAGCUGAGCUGCGAAGUGAAGGGAAACCCCAGACCAACCAUUGGGUGGAGGUUAAAUGGGAGCAGCAUUGACGUGGGCAUGGAUUUCCACUACAGCCUGCUGGGAGGAGCCCUGCUGAUCCACAACCCCAACAAGAGCCAGGAUGCUGGCACCUACCAGUGCGUGGCAACAAACCCCUUUGGCACCAUUGUCAGCAGAGAGGCCAAGCUGCAGUUUGCCUACCUUGAGAACUUCAAGACCAGGACGAGGAGCACGGUGUCCGUCCGCCAGGGCCAGGGCAUGGUGCUGCUCUGUGGGCCCCCGCCCCACUCUGGAGAGCUGACCUACGCCUGGAUCUUCAACGAGUACCCCACCUUUGUGCACCAGGACAACCGGCGCUUCGUGUCGCAGGAGACCGGGAACCUCUACAUCGCCAAGGUGGAGACCUCGGACGUGGGCAACUACACCUGCGUGGUGACCAACACCGUGACCAACAGCAAGGUCCUGGGGCCUCCCACGCCCCUCGUGCUCAGGAACGACGGGGUGAUGGGAGAGUACGAGCCCAAAAUAGAAGUGCAGUUCCCAGAAACUGUUCCAUCUGCGAAGGGAACCACGGUGAAACUGGAGUGCUUUGCCUUGGGCAACCCCGUGCCCACCAUCAGCUGGAGGAGGGCGGAUGGGAAGCAGCUGCCCAGGAAGGCGCGCAGGCACCGCUCCAGCGGGCUCCUGGAGAUCCCCAACUUCCAGCAGGAGGACGCCGGGCUCUACGAGUGCGUGGCUGAAAAUGUCAGGGGCAAGAACGUGGCACGAGGACAGCUGACGUUUUAUGGGCAGGGUGCAGCUGGAGCAGGGCUCUCUGACCAUUGCCAACGUGAGCCUGUCGGACGCGGGGAUGUACCAGUGCGUGGCGGAGAACAGGCACGGCGUCAUCUUCGCCAGCGCCAUCGGGCCAGACUUCUCCAAGACGCUGCUGAAGAAGCUGACCCUGGUGAAAGUGGGGGGUGAAGUCAUCAUUGAGUGCAAGCCCAAAGCCUCCCCCAGACCUACUUAUUCUUGGAAGAAAGGAAAAGACAUCCUGAGAGAAAAUGAGAGAAUCACAGUCCUGGAUGACGGGAGCCUGCGCAUCGUCAACGUCACCAAAGCGGACGCGGGGAGCUACACCUGCACAGCCACCAACCACUUUGGGACAGCCAGCAGCACGGGCAGCCUGGUGGUCAAAGAUCCAACGCGGGUCAUGGUGUCCCCUUUCAGCAUGGAUGUCACAGUUGGAGAAAGCAUUGUCCUGCCCUGCCAGGUGUCCCACGACCACUCCCUGGACAUCGCGUUCACCUGGUCCUUCAACGGGCACCUGAUAGACUUUGACAAAGAUGGGGACCACUUUGAAAAGGUUGGAGGGCAGGACUCAGCUGGUGAUUUGAUGAUCAGGAGCAUCCAGCUGAAGCACGCAGGGAAAUACGUCUGCAUGGUGCAAACAAGUGUGGACAAGCUCUCAGCUGCUGCAGACCUGAUUGUAAGAGGUCCCCCGGGCCCCCCCGAGGCCGUGACCAUCGAGGAGGUGACAGACAGCACGGCCCAGCUGUCCUGGAGGCCGGGGGCAGACAACCACAGCCCCAUCACCAUGUACGUGGUGCAGGCGCGCACGCCCUUCUCGGUGGGCUGGCAGGCAGUGAGCACAGUUCCAGAGGUGAUCGACGGCAGGACGUUCACGGCCACAGUGGUGGGGCUGAACCCCUGGGUGGAGUACGAGUUCAGGGUGGUGGCUGCCAACCUCAUCGGCAUCGGGGAGCCCAGCAGCCCCUCGGAGAAGAGGAGGACUGAGGAGGCUCUCCCUGAGGUGACCCCAGCCAAUGUCAGUGGAGGUGGAGGCAGCAAGUCCGAGCUGGUCAUUACCUGGGAGGUGCGCUGCUGGCGGCACGACGAGAAGGAGGAAAACGCCAAAAGGAUCCGCACGGUGGGGAACCAAACAUCCACCAAAGUCAGCAACCUGAGGGGCAAUGCCCUCUACCACCUGGCAGUCAGGGCCUACAACACGGCUGGCACCGGCCCCUCCAGCGCCGCUGUCAACGUCACCACCAAAAAGCCGCCACCCAGUCAGCCCCCCGGGAACAUCGUGUGGAAUUCAUCCGACUCCAAGAUCAUCCUGAACUGGGACCAGGUGAAAGCCUUGGACAACGAGUCAGAAGUGAGAGGCUACAAAGUUCUGUACAGGUGGAACAGGGAGAGCAGCACGUCUGUCAUAGAAACAAAUAAAACCUCAGUGGAGCUGUCCCUGCCCUUUGAUGAGGAUUACAUCAUCGAGAUCAAGCCCUUCAGCGACGGCGGCGACGGCAGCAGCAGCGAGCAGAUCCGAAUCCCAAAGAUAUCCAAUGCCUACGCCAGAGGCUCGGGCUCGUCGACCUCCAGCGCCUGCACCCUGUCAGCCCUCAGCACAAUCAUGAUCUCCCUCACAGCCCGCUCCAGUUUAUGACAACAAUGACAUCGAGGACUUCUUCUUUAUAAUAUAAGCAACAUUUAGCUAGUUGUUUUGGAGACACCCAGUACUAAGUAAUAUUGUGGUUUGAGUACAUCUUACUACUGGAAAAAAAAAUGUUUUUGCUUCUUUAGGAAUGGCAUUAUACAGUACUUCCUCAAAGCAAAUAUAGCUUUGUCUGAAGUUUCCUUGGAAACUCUGCAAUGCACUGAAAACAUCUGUAAUACGAUGUUACCAAAGCAGUUUACAUAUGUCCUUAUAUGCAUAUUUUUUAUUAUAUAUUUAGUGUUUUAUAGAAUUUUUUAAAGUUAACAUAUGAUGUAGAUAUUAAUUUUUUUCCUCUGCUAUAAAAUGCUAUGGACGACAUUAUCACGAAAAUAUUGUUUGGGAUUUUUUCCUUUUACGACGGAGAGUUCCAAGUUGUUCCUGGCAAAUUGGCUGGAGUUGACUGUACAGUUUUACAGGGCACAACUGCUCCAGACCCGGAUUGUAACAGGCUGAGCUUCACUGGCAGAUCCAGCGACUCCUGUGUUGAACCCAGGGCUUCUCUCACACGUUUCAUCCAGAGCUCUGAGCAGGACAAACUCAAAACACUCAGAAGAGCAGAAUUUGGGAAAACCACUUGGAUUUUUGGUUGUGGACUACAGGACAUGUAGCCAAUAUUCCAGCAUUGUGCAGCGAGGAGGGGCUGUGAAAUUGCUUUGUCUUGAUCAUAAUUAGCAUCAGAUUGGGUGGGGAAAUGAAGAUCCUGCAGAGCUGUGACGUGUGUGGUGACACAACGGGAUGGCCACUGGCCUCAUGUGGGGUGCACGCCCAGCUCAACCCUUUGGAGAUAUCAUUCCAAGGAAAUUCCUCCUGUUUGGGGAUUAAUUCCAAGGAAAUCAGAAAGCUGCUCUGGGCUCGUUCUUGGGGACACAACUGCUCAUCCUUGGUAACUCCACUCUGCAGACAACGCUUGGGAACCUGGCCUGGAGCAGGAGCGGGGCUGCCCCAGCUCCAGGUUAUCCAUGUGGGAAUCUCCCAGAGAUCUCUGCUGGAAUUUUGCCUUUCCUUAGAAACUCCUCCCAGACGCCUGGAGGCAGAACAGAGUCACACCAGAAAACGACAAUAUCCACACUGGAAUAAUUCUUCUCAAGAGAAGGACUGUUUGUUACUACGGGGAAUUUUGUAAGUUCAGACGGGAUAACGCUGGAAAAGGCAAUGGAAUUUUCUAUACAAUUUUCAACUUUCAAUGCGCUGCAGUGGUAUUUUUUUUUUCUCCUGAUAGCUUGAAUUUGCCUGUAACUUGUCUCUUUUGCUUACAAAAUAAUACAGUUAACUUUUAGACCUUCUAAAUAUAUUUAUUCAGUAACUCAUAAUCAGGAUUCCACUUGUGUAAAAGUCAGGGUUGUUGACCAGAGAAAUAUUGUCAGUAUUUCAAGCUGUGUUCCUUUCUUAGUUUGAUAUGGUUACUUCUAUGUAAAAAAAAAUAAAACAAGAAAAACCUUAAAAAAAAUCCACAAAACCAAGAAAAAUAAAAUAACAAAAAAAAUAAAGCUUCUGUAGUUUUAUCCCCGGUGUAAAUGAUAUUUAUCAGUGAUCUAGCAGAUGUAAUCUUUUUUUAAAGGUAUUGGUAAUAAAUAUUCUGUCAUUUGUAAAGAUA